CCAGUGUCUAGCCCCGUAACGGAAAGUCAAGUAAUCUACAGUACGCCAACGCCAGCGCUAACACCCUCAACCCGCUAGGGUACUUUUCUCUCCCCAUUCCGUGCAUCUUCUGUACUCAUCGCAUUCUUUGACGAGGUCGCUUCUUCGUUCUCUUCCUCUCCUUAGUCUCUCGUUCUGUCAUAUUUCGGGUCCCCGUCGCCCUGUCUCUCUUUCCUUCUACUCAACUGUACUCGCCAUUGCACUUUCGACCAGAAACACGCACUCCCCUCUUUCAACUUCCAAUCGCCUCCCAAUCAAUUGGCCCCAUUUCCUUUUUCUCGUGUGAUCAGUCCAGCCAUUUUGCCUCCAACCCUCGACUGCCGCUUGAUUGGUGUUUGAUCCCCUGCGACCCAACCACUUUUCGACCUACUGUACGCCGAAUACCUCGAAUCGCGGAGACUACUUGACACGCGCUACUCGCAUUCCGUCUACUUCAGGAGGCAAUCCGUCGUUGCUCUAUUGCUCUCCCCGCCAUAUUCGCACCAUCUUGCGCCAAACGGCCAUGCCGCUCUUUCCACUCUCCGGUUAAGGAAUCUCCACAAUCGUUUACUCGGUCCUCUCCCUCGCCAUUCGCUUCGCUCCGAGCAUAUCUAGGCCGGUAAUCGCUCUUUCUAUCGCCGACAGAGUCUCGGUCACUCUUAUUUCAUAAUGCAUCGCUUUCGCAAGAACAAAAAGGUCAAGGAGACAUUGGAUGAGUUGGAGAAUGGACCAUCAACCUCGACCUCGCCAUUUAGUUUGAAGCCCUCAAAGAAGAAGGAUGCGGCAGAGGAACAAUUCAAACUGGACCUAUCGGGGGCGCUCCCUUCCUCGGAUGAUUUCCGCACGAGUCUGCUCAUGCCCAAGCUAUCCGCUCGGUUCAGCAUGUUGAGAGAACAGGAUGACCCAGAUACCAUGAUUGGGAAGGCCAGCGAUGAUAGCGUUCUGUUCCCCAAGCGAGCCUCACGAUUGAACCUAUUCGGCCACAAUCCCAGUAUGUUGACGGAUAUCGACGAGGUAUCAUCCAACGACGGCAGUCGUCCUUCGAUUGCCCUGGGACGAGCAGAUUCCUACGCGUCUGGCAUGGAAGGAGGAUACGGUACCGACGACGACCGCUCGCAAAGUGGGAGCAUCAUGAGCCGAGCUCGUCGGGCGGAAGGUAACAAUCUUUUCGGUGGCCGCCAAAAAGUGUAUCGCAUCCCGGUCCGCUCGCCUGCGGCGACAUCGCCCAGUUCAACGGAGCCCAACCGCGGUAUGGGCAAGUUUGUCUACGAACAUGAUUUGAAUAUGUCCGCCUUCCAGAAGAUGAGGCACAAGGAGAAGGAAGAACAGCGACUUGCGGAGGAGGCAGCCCAAGCAGAGGCAGCCCAGGAGACCGCGAUGCAAGAAUCAGAGGAUGCGACUUCAACUUUCUCCACAAAACGCACUACCUACUCUUCCACGGCGUCCGGGCCCACUAGUAAUGCUCGUACCUCGACCGCUGCCACUUCAAUCGACGAAUCCCUGCCAAGUGCCUCUCAGCCGUCAACGGCUUCCGCGCCUCCUCCAGAAUGCCCAGCCGAUGCUCACCCACAAUCCGCCAUGUCUACACCCCGUAAUGGCUCCGUUCGGUCUCGUCGUCUCUAUGGACAAGGCCUCACACAGACGGCUCAGAAUCAACAGUCCUCGACUUUGAACCGCCUGGAAAGCCUAAGCCGUCAGCGUGCCGGAACGCCAGAUCUGCUUCCAUUGAACCGUAAUUUCUCUCGCAGCGCCACCAACCUGCGUGAUCGCCUCCAGAAGCUGAAUAUCAUCGAACCGGCUGCCACGUCUCGGUCCACCAGCCCUCCCUCCUCGGCAACUUCACCCAAGCAGCCCAUACUUCCCGAGGCUGCUCUAAAAGAUCGUAUUUCGCCCACUGCGGCUAGCUUUGGGGUCGCACCUCCCCUGAGCCCGCCAACCAGCGAGAAUGAGGAUGGUAACAACUUGCUGGCAGCGGCACUUAACCCUGAAGAUCAUGGAAAAGCCACUGCCAUGGGUCUCUUCAACCGGCCUGCCACCGGCUUCGAUGAGCAGCAGUUCAUGCACCGCCAAUUGCAGAUGCAUCAGGGACGCAGCACUCCGCCACGACGCCCGUCUCCCCCACGCCGUGUUGCGCCACAGGAGCCAGCUGGCCGCUCGCGGGGCCUUUCCAAGUCUAGCUUUCGUUCGAGAGCCGGUUCUGCUUCUUCUCAUUACAGCAGCGACGCCCACCACAACAUUGAUCACUCACGAGCAUCUAGCGUGGAGGCCUCACCGGGUCGCCCAGGCAUGACAACCUUCUAUGCCAACUCGACUGCCAGUGAUUCUGGAGACGAGAACGAUAAUCGCCGCUCGUACGAAGUCUCUUCCGUAACCUCUAUGGCCGCCGAAUUUGGCCACCCGCUGCAACAUGCCAGCACCGCCUCCAAGCCUCACACUCCCACGAGCGAGCAUCUGGAAACCCUACCAGAGGUCAGAUAUUCGGAUCUAGGCGACCUCAAGCCUAUCGAGGAAGACGACAGCCUGGAGAACGAUUUCUCAGCUCAGCAUAGAGAUGGCAACACUCCUGAGCGGCCGGAUUCGCCAACAUUUGGCCUGAAUGGCUUCAUCCAAUCUCACUUGCGCCAAGUGAGCAACCAGUCCUCCAUCUACCCCCCACCAUCCCCAGGCCUACCACCUCGGGAUCCCAAUGCAAACGACCUUGCUACCGACGAGCCUAUCUCUGAGGUAACUACUACCUCGACUACCCCCGACGAGACGCUUUCGACUCUCGACAUGAAAAUUGAGCCCUCAAGCCCAAAGGCUGCGUCCCAUCAAUCCUCCGAAAUCACCGUGAAUCGUUCAAGUGGAGGCUCCUCUGAUGCUUGUGCACCGCCUGAACACGGCGUCGCAGCCCCACACUCCACGAAUUGGAAGGAUGAGCUGGUCUAUCACCACCGUCGGGACGGAAGCACUGAGACCCAAAAGGAGCGCGAAGAGUUUGCUAUGGAACUUGCCGAGCGGCGUCGCAAGGUCCAAGAGAAGCUUCGCAGCGUCGCUGAGAGUGAAAGCCGUUCUAGCAGCCCGACCCCCGGCCGACAGACUCCUGAUCUUGCUGGGUUCAAGGCGGGCAAUGCUUUCUCCCUCCUGAAGCACAAGUCCGGCAAGCAAGGUACCCCUCAGCAGGACGCCAAAAGCAAGAUGUAUGGAUAUAACAGCGGCUCUACUCCCGCCCUUGUAUCAGAGGAUUCUUGGCGCGAGGAGGAACGCCCCUCUUUCAACCUUGGUCGUCACUCCAACUCCAGCUCUCCGAUUGUUGGAUCAGAACGGUCAAUCCGGUCGCGUAUGCCCACCAUCGGUCGCAACAGCAACGAGGAUUCUCGCGAAUCUAGCCGCAGCCGGGGUCCCUCCCCGCAUAAUGCCUUCCGAUCUCGCUCCGGCUCGGACGCCUCUGGUCGGUCCAAGAGCCGAUCUCGCUACCGUGAGCGCGAUGAUCUCGAGACUGUGAAUGAGGGUGCCGUCAUUGCUCACGACAAUUUCGUGAUUCCUCCAAACUUCGAGUCACCUUCAGUCUCUAGCUCAACCCGCCCCUCAAUGGAGGUUGAGCCUCUCAUGUACGAUCGUUCUUCUUCUGCCGCGUCUGGCCGAUACCGCAGCGCCAGUCGUUCAGGGACUCCAAACUUUCAGUACGAGCGACCGUUUGCGUACCAGCAGUCGCACCCUCCCUCUAUCAUCGGCGCUACACCUCGGGCCCCUCCCGCUGCUCCUGCAUACUCUGCCAACGCCACCCCUCCGCUGAAUGAGGACCAGUCUCCGACCGCGACUAUGUCUUCGGUGGCCAAUAGCGCACAUGCCCUACCCCAACGUGCUCCCGGUAGUAACUUGCUCCAAAAGCGCAGUGUCAACAAGAAGCUCAUCUCCGAGCCAACCUUGGUGUCCUCCACAUCCAAUGUACCCCUCGUCGGUCUCCCUACAGGCAACUCGAUGGCGUCCAUUUCUUCACAGCAGGGGGCUACUCCUCCUCUCCCACCCAUGAAUCCCCGCCGUCGCCGUGGCACCCAGACCAUUCUCAGUGCCUUCAAAUCCGAUAAACCUGAGUCCCGGAUAUCUUCUCCAGCCCCCAGCAUUUCUGAUGAGCAGAGCUACUUCCCUGAUGAUGAGAAGCGCCCACGCUCCCGCAACCGUCUGCGCAAGACCUCCAGCGAAGGUGGCAACCUUCAUGGAAGAGCCCGUCUGGAAGCCAUGGCUAGCCCAGCCCCUGCUGUUCCUCAAUACCCACCCCCCGCAAUCCCCGUGGAUGGUGGCAUGUUCUAGCAAACCAGCCGGCCUUUAACUCCCGUUCUCUCGUUUGUGGUUUCCACUAUCAUGCGUCUUUGUCUCGGUACAUUGCCGCAUAUUCCAUCCAUCUCGUUCUUUCCAUCGUCCAUCCGUGAGCUGAAUUCCACUUUUUCUGGAUAUUUGUUUAUUUUCCUUUUCAUUUGAACUGUUCAUGACUAUAUACCACCUGAUGCAUUUUCCCGAGCGUCUACUAUCUACCUGUCAUUAUACACUAUGCCAUUUCGUCUUGUCUUCGACUUUUGUUCGUUUGAUCACAUUUUUCUCGAGCGGGGGAGCAACUAGUAUAGCUGUACAAUGGUGCGAAAAAUUAAUACCAAUUACUUGAAGCAUUUCUGCAUUCAACUAUCAUUUUCUCGUGUCCGCAAACAAUAAAUCCCUUGGCAAUACGAGUGCUUGUCGAG